UGUCACUCCGAACACCCUCACGGGUGAAACGUUAAUCCCAACAUUGAUUACGGAUUUUCCACAUCCCAAGCUGGCAACCUGCUUGUUGUUCAGGGGGAGGCGCUAAUACGCAGUAGUUUCUGGAAGGAACCUCAUGCUUGCACCAUGGAGAAAGUUUCAGCAUUGAAAGACCAGGGCAACAAGGCACUGAGUGCAGGAAAUAUUGAUGAGGCUGUACGUUGCUACACCGAAGCUUUGGCCCUUGACCCUUCAAACCAUGUCCUGUUCAGUAACCGCUCAGCUGCCUACGCCAAGAAAGGCAACUAUGAGAAUGCUCUCCAGGAUGCCUGUCAAACCAUCAAGAUCAAGCCUGACUGGGGCAAGGGCUACUCCCGCAAAGCUGCAGCAUUGGAAUUUCUUGGCCGAUUGGAGGAUGCUAAAGCAACUUACCAUGAGGGACUCCGGCAAGAGCCAAAUAAUCAGCAGUUAAAGGAGGGUUUACAGAACAUUGAGGCCCGGCUUGCAGAGAAAUCAAUGAUGAACCCCUUCGCCAUGCCCAACUUGUAUCAGAAGCUGGAGAGCGAUGCUCGGACCCGUGAGCUAUUGUCAGAUCCCAGCUACAGAGAACUGCUGGAGCAGCUCAGGAACAAACCAUCGGAGCUUGGCACGAAGCUGCAGGAUCCCAGAGUGAUGACCACACUCUCUGUGCUGCUGGGACUGAACCUCUCCGAGAUGGAAGAAGAAGAGGAGCCCACUCCCCCUCCUCCCCCCAAACCAAAAGAGACUCAGCCACCUCCUCCCAAAGAGGAAGACCUUCCCGAAAACAAGAGAAAGGCCUUGAAGGAAAAAGAACUUGGGAAUGCUGCAUAUAAGAAUAAGGACUUUGAAACAGCGCUGAAACAUUAUGAAGAAGCAGUCAAACAUGACCCCACCAACAUGACCUACAUAUCUAAUCAAGCAGCUGUGUACUUCGAGAAGGGAGAUUUAGAGAAGUGCCGAGAGCUGUGUGAGAAGGCCAUUGAUGUUGGCAGAGAGAACCGGGAAGACUACAGACAAAUUGCAAAGGCCUUGGCUAGGAUUGGCAACUCAUACUUCAAGCAGGAGAAAUACAAAGAAGCAGUUCAGUAUUUCAACAAGAGUUUGACGGAGCAUCGUACUCCUGACGUCUUGAAGAAGUGUCAACAGGCAGAGAAGAUAUUGAAGGAGCAGGAGAAAAUAGCCUACAUCAACCCUGAAUUAGCCCUGGAAGAGAAGAACAAGGGCAACGACGCCUUCCAGAAAGGAGACUACCCCUUAGCCAUGAAACAUUACAGUGAGGCCAUCAAGAGAAACCCCAGUGAUGCCAAACUCUUCAGUAACAGAGCUGCCUGCUACACAAAGCUGUUGGAGUUUCAACUUGCCCUGAAGGAUUGUGAAGAGUGCAUCAAACUUGAGCCCACCUUCAUAAAAGGAUACACACGUAAAGGAGCUGCCUUGGAGGCCAUGAAAGAUUUUUCAAAAGCCAUGGAUGCAUACCAGAAGGCUCUGGAGCUAGACUCUUCCUCAAAGGAAGCCACAGAAGGCCUGCAGCGCUGUAUGGUUAGUCAGGCCAUGAGGAAUGACAGUCCUGAAGAUGUGAAGAAAAGGGCCAUGGCUGAUCCCGAGGUGCAGCAGAUUAUGAGUGACCCAGCCAUGCGCAUGAUCCUUGAGCAAAUGCAGAAGGACCCUCAGGCGCUUAGCGACCACUUAAAGAAUCCAGUUAUUGCUCAGAAGAUUCAGAAACUCAUUGAUAUCGGACUGAUAGCCAUUCGUUGAUGAGAACCAAGAACCAGUUGUGUGAAGAAACAAAACAACCAAUCCAAAACAACAGUGGAACAACUUUCAAAUCCCUCCCCAUAUAUUACAUCCUCUUUUCUUGCCUUCAAAUUCAAAAUUAUAUUGUCCUUAGUCUCACUCUGAGACUUUCUGUGUAUCUUAUGUUUUUUAAAAAAAAAUCAGUUUCACAACUUUUACAGUGUAUUUAAGAAAGCAACUUGUAUGUCAUCUGGAAAACUUCAAGACUCCAGAAAACUUCAUCUGAAAAAACUGCAGUCGUGUACUGAUGCUUAAAUACAUCUUAAAGUAAACCGCACAAUUCAGUGCACCAGCACGCUCAGUGUUUAAAGGGGAAAUCCACCCUAAAGCAGUUCACAUAUUCCUGUUGAUUCAUGGUUUUAAGGAAAUGAAACAAAAUACAACAAUUUCUACACUCAAAAAUCAAGAUUGUAAUGUAAAUCACAAAUUGAAAUUGUCAACAUUGGUCAUCGGUCUUAACUCUUGUGUUUUCUUAAAGGCUUAAGUAAACAUGGUGCUUUAAAGUUUAAGUUUGUGUUCCUCAGUGUUCCCUCUCUUUUGGUCAUCUCCCACAUCUCAGGUGGAAAGCUGAAUCUAUCCCAUCUGCUGGCCACUUGUAAGCAUGUUGGGUAUUAUUUUUGUAUUUAUCUAAAAUAUUUGAAGGGAGUUUUUAAGCCUUACUGUCUUUGGCUUAACAGUUCAUAUUAUUUGUGUAAAGCUAAUAUCAGGAAAGUGUUGAGCGUUUCCUUGAUUGUAGUGAAGAGAGGAUGGAUCUAGACAAAUUGUAACUGGGACUGGAAGUAUACUACUCAAUGCCUUUAAGAGUCUAGGGAAAUUUUGCCAUGAUAAAGGAUUUAAGAGUGAUCCAUAAUGGUUUAUUAAACAAGUUCAUAAAGCAAUUAAGGCAGCCAUGUUGUUUCUGUGUUAGUCAAAAUUAAAAACUUGGAGGGAAAGCUUUUGUGCCAAUUGGAAGUAUCAGCAAAGACUAUCAGUAAAAAUCCCAAGAUUUCUGUGGGAAAUAAACUGCUCUGUGAGUAAGACCAUGAUGAGUUGACCUAACACAAGAGUCCUCCCACAGUUUCAUGUUUUGGUGAUCAGGUUUAAACUUUGUUCAGGCAACAGUAGGUGUGCUGAUAAUUGAAGUCAAAGUAGAUACUUUUGCCUGGCCUCAGAUUUUAGCUGAAACUAUUUGACAAUUUACCUGGCUUGAAUAUUACAUGAUAAUGGGAAUAAUGUGAUAGUUACGGGUGGAUUUGCCUUGCUAAGCUAGCAAACAUUGGUUGAGUAAUGGGGGUCGCAAUUAUCUCACUUCAUGAUGCAUCUUUAAUGUUUGUCGGCUUGUCUUAAAGACCUGAAGCCCCAGUGCUACCUGUCACUACUUCCAAAUGUGUAUUUCGCCCAGCAAGGCAAUUCUUUUAGUAAAUUGUGCCAACCUCCCACAGCGGCAGCACGAUCAGCUUCUGUUUUCAGAGAGGAGAUACAUUUAAGUGUUAAUAUUGCUAUUAACCAUUAUGCCACACGUGGCUUCAGAUACCUCAAAGUCACUACAUUGUCAUAGUAUCUCUGCUGUGUUUUCCAUGAGGCACUCAAGAAUUAGAAAUGAACUGCGACACCUUUUUGUUUUCACAUUUCCAUUUUCUUAAAUUCUCUAACUUAGAAAUGGGGGUGUGGGCAUUUUUACCAUCAAAGUCCAGUUGUAAUCAUAAACUACAUGCAACAAGUGUGGUAAUCUCACAUGAUGUAAAAGAAACUGUCCCAAGAAGUGUAAUGUACUAAUGGAAAUCAGUUGUACUGUGAAAUAUACAGUAUCUGAAUGUA